UGUGUGCGUGAGUGUAUGUGUGUGUAAGUAUAGAUCAACAUCUAAUGAAUCAUCGUCAAAAGUGGAUCGACAAUGUCCAAAAGUCAAUUGGUGGAUGUACAAAUACAAUUCAGCAAGUAGUUGAUUCAAUCGACCAACUACAAUCAGUUUCCGGAAAAAUACACCUGCCACAGUCCAAGGGCGUAGUGCUGUGUGGAAAGCCUGGAACUGGAAAGACUGCCCUGGCAAUAACCAUAGCAAAGGAGUCUCAGCUUCCAUAUUAUAUUGUCAAUAGUCCAGAUAUGUUUAUGACAGAGGAAGGAGCAAGUGAAGCAAAGUUAAAGGGUCUGUUCGAUACUGCCCUGCAGCACAGACUAUCCAUUCUUAUUCUGGAUGAGAUCGAUAUGCUUGCUGGUACACUGGAUCACAAGAAGACUGGCCUAGAUUCUCGUCUUGGUUCCCUUUUACUAUCUUUAAUUGACAAGAUCAACCAGCCGAAUGACGAUCAUCUUGUCUAUAUUAUUGGGAUUACUAGUAGACUGCAUGCUGUAGAUCCUUGCUUUUUACGCUCAGGUCGCUUGGACAAGGUGGAGGAGAUUGUCAUCAAGGACGCUAAACAACGCUACGAGAUCCUACUUGUUCUUACACAACGUCUUCCAUUUGAAUCACAACAAGACAAAACAAAUAUCCUCACACGUGUUUCUCGCGCAACACACGGAUUUGUACCCAGUGAUCUCCAGAGCUUGUGUAUGCAGGUGGUUCUUCAAGCUGUAAAAGAGCAAUCUACUGGACAGGAGCCAGCUUGCGUUACUACACAUCAUUUUGACAACGUGCUUAGUUUUAUUCACCCUUCAAAUUUUAAUGAAUACACUACAAAGAUCCCUAAAGUUACUUUUGCUGACAUGUAUGGUAUCGACUCGAUUAUUGAAGAAAUUAAGGUCUCUGUCAUCCACCCUUUUUAUCACCCCGAGGAGUACAUCAAAUUAGGAAUUACACCUCCGCGAGGCAUCUUACUUCACGGUCCACCUGGCGUAGGCAAGACAAUGUUAUGCUCUGCACUUGCAUCUGAAGCAGGUGUCAAUUUUAUGCUGGUAGAAAGCUCUCAAGUUCGAUCUAAAGUGGUGGGUGAAUCUGAAAAGAACCUGGCAAAGCUGUUUGCACAUGCUCGAUCCAAUGCACCUUGUAUUUUGUUCAUAGAUCAAAUCGAUAUGCUACUUCCCAAGAGAGGGACCAGUCAAUCAUCUGAGAAUACAAGCGAUCGUAUUGUAACUGGGUUUUUGACAGAAAUGGACGGUUUACUGACCAAGAGCAAUGGGCCGAAUGCUCACAUUGAUGUACUUGUGGUUGCAGCAACAAACCGAAUUGAAACAAUCGAUCCAGCUGUGCUUCGACCUGGUAGAUUUGAUGAAUGUAUUGCCAUUCCAAUGCCAAAUCAAAAGCAACGUUGUGAUAUUAUACGUGGUAUUAGCAAUAAGAUGCCAAUCGUACUAAAUGGUCAAGAGCUCUUGUACCUUGCCCAAUCAACCGAGGGAUUUUCCUGUGCUGAGAUUGAUAAUCUUUUGAGAGAGUCAGCAAUGGUGUGUCUGAGAGAGAAUGUGAAUAAUGAAAAGAUUACAUUUUCGCACAUCCAAGCAGCCCAGAAUCGUAAAUAGUGACACUGUAGAUUAAAAGGGCUUGUAAAUAAACAAACAAAUAAAUAAAAUAUAACAGCUUUUCAACAACCCCUC